GUGAUGGUUUUUCAAUCUUUUAUACUAGGUAAUCUAGUAUCCUUAUGCAUGAAGAUAAUCAAUUCGGUCGUUGUGGUCGGACUCUAUUAUGGAUUUCUGACCACAUUCUCCAUAGGGCCCUCUUAUCUCUUCCUUCUCCGAGCUCGGGUUAUGGACGAAGGAGAAGAAGGAACCGAGAAGAAAGUAUCAGCAACAACAGGUUUUAUUGCGGGACAGCUCAUGAUGUUCAUAUCGAUCUAUUAUGCGCCUCUGCAUUUAGCAUUGGGUAGACCUCAUACAAUAACUGUCCUAGCUCUACCGUAUCUUUUGUUUCAUUUCUUCUGGAACAAUCACAAACACUUUUUUGAUUAUGGAUCUACUACCAGAAAUGAAAUGCGUAAUCUUCGCAUUCAAUGUGUAUUCCUGAAUAAUCUCAUUUUUCAAUUAUUCAACCAUUUCAUUUUACCAAGUUCAAUGUUAGCCAGAUUAGUCAACAUUUAUAUGUUUCGAUGCAACAACAAGAUGUUAUUUGUAACAAGUAGUUUUGUUGGUUGGUUAAUUGGUCACAUUUUAUUCAUGAAAUGGGUUGGAUUGGUAUUAGUCUGGAUACAGCAAAAUAAUUCUAUUAGGUCUAAUGUACUUAUUAGAUCUAAUAAGUAUAAGUUCCUUGUGUCAGAAUUGAGAAAUUCUAUGGCUCGAAUCUUUAGUAUUCUCUUAUUUAUUACCUGUGUCUACUAUUUAGGCAGAAUACCAUCACCCAUUUUUACUAAGAAACUAAAAGGAACCUCAGAAACGGGUGGGACUAAACAGGACCAAGAGGUAUCCACCGAAGAAGCUCCUUUUCCUUCUCUUUUUUCGGAAGAAGGGGAAGAUCUGGACAAAAUCGAUGAAAUGGAAGAAAUCCGAGUGAAUGGAAAAGACAAAAUUAAUAAGGAUGAUGAAUUCCACGUUCGAACAUACUAUAACUAUAAAACUGUUUCUGAAAAUCUAGAUGGAAAUAAAGAAAAUUCGAAUUUAGAAUUUUUCAAAAUAAAAAAAAAAGAGGAUCAUUUUUUAUGGUUUGAAAAACCAUUUGUAACUCUAGUUUUCGAUUAUAAACGAUGGAAUCGACCAAACCGAUAUAUAAAAAAUGAUAAAAUUGAAAAUACUGUAAGAAAUGAAAUGUCACAAUAUUUUUUUUAUACAUGCCAAAGUGAUGGAAAAGAACGAAUCUCUUUUACAUAUCCCCCCAACCUUUCCACCUUUUUUGAAAUGAUCCAAAAAAGGAUACCUUCAUUUACAAGAGAAAAAAUACCCUCUGACCAAGUUUCUACUUAUUGGAGUUUGAUCCAUGAAGAAAAAAAGGAAAACUUAAAAAAAGAAUUUUUAAAUCGAAUUGAAGCUUUAGAUAAGGAAUGGUCUGUUGAAAAUAUACUGGAAAAAACGACUCGAUUUUGUUAUAACGAAGCUAAAAAAGAAUAUUUACCUAAAAUUUAUGAUCCUUUUUUGCAUGGAAUCUCUCGGGGAAAAAUCAAAAAAUUACCUCCAUUCCAAAUAAUAACCGAAACCUAUAGAAAAAAUAAUUUAGGAGGAUCCUGGAUAAACAAGAUUCAUGGUCUACUUCUGAAGAUUAAUUAUCACAAAUUUGAGCAAACAAUAGAAAAAUUUAAUAGAAAAUAUUUGUCAAUAGAGAAAAAACUUUCUUUUUUUUCAGAACCCCAAGAAGAAGAAAAAAUUCAUUCAGAAGAAGAAAUAAAAAUUUUCAAAUUUUUAUGUGAUAUCGUUAGAACUGAUAGCAACGAUCAAACGCUUAUAAAAAAUUUUAUUGAUUUCCAUGAAAUCAAUAAAAAAGUUCCUCGAUGGUCAUACAAAUUAAUAAGUGAGUUGGAAGAAUUGGAAGGCGAAAAUGAAGAAAAUGUACCAAUGGAGCCUGGAAUUCGUUCAAGAAAAGCAAAACGUGUAGUGGUUUUUACUGAUAAAGAGCCCCAUGACGAGAUUUAUACUAAUCUCAAAGAUAAUCAAAAUUCUGAUCAAAAUGAUGAAAUGGCUUUGAUCCGUUAUUCACAACAAUCUGAUUUUCGUCGAGAGAUAAUUAAAGGAUCCAUGCGUUCCCAAAGGCGUAAAACAGUUAUUUGGGAAUUUUUUCAAGCAAAAGUACAUUCCCCCCUUUUUUUUGAUAGAAUAGAUAAACUUUUUUUUUUUUCGUUUGAUAUAUGGGGGCUAAAAAAAAAAAUUCUUAAAAAUUUCAUGUGGAAAAAAAAAAUUUUUGAUAAAAAAGAAGAAGAACAAUCAAAAAUAGAAGAAAAAAGACGGAUAGAAAUUGCAGAAACUUGGGAUAGCUUCCUAUUUGCUCAAAUAAUAAGAGGUUCGCUCUUAGUAACUCAAUCGAUUCUUAGAAAAUAUAUUAUAUUACCUUUAUUGAUAAUAAUUAAAAAUAGCGUCCGUAUGUUAUUAUUUCAAUUUCCCGAGUGGUCCGAGGAUUUAAAGGAUUGGAAACGUGAAAUGCAUGUUAAAUGCACUUAUAAUGGGGUUCAACUAUCCGAAACAGAAUUUCCAAGAAACUGGUUAACGGAUGGUAUUCAGAUAAAAAUCCUAUUUCCUUUUUAUCUUAAACCUUGGCAUAAAUCUAAAUCUCAGAAGGCUCGACUAAAAAAAACAAAAGACAAAGGAGAAAAAAAUGAUUUUUGUUUCUUAACAGUUUGGGGAAUGGAAACCGAACUACCGUUUGGUUCUGCCCAAAGAAAGUCUUCUUUUUUUGAACCUAUUUCUAAAGAAUUAAAAAAAAGAAUCAAAAAAUUAAAAACUAAGUCUUUUGUGGUUUUAAGGAUUUUCAAAGAAAGAGCACCGAUUUUCCUAAAAGUCGCAAAAGAAAUUAAAAACUGGAUUCUCAAAAACUUUAUUUUUAUAAAAGGAAAGAUAAAAGACCUUUCAAAACGAAAUCUAAUUCCAUUAUUUGGCCCGAGAGAAAUAUAUGAAUUAAAUGAACCUAAAAAAGAUUCAAUAAUAAGUAAUCAGAUGAUUCAUGAACUAUCUGUUCAAAAAAAAUCCAUGGAGUGGACAAAUUCUUCACUUAGCGAAAACAAAAUAAAAAAUUUGAUUGAUAGAAAAAAGACAAUCAGAAAUCAAAUAGAAACUAUUUCAAAAGAAAAACAAAACUUAACUAAUAGUUGUACCAAACUGCGUUAUGAUUCUAAAAUAAUUGAGUCAUCAAAAAAAAUUUGGCAGACAUUCAAAAGAAAAAAUACCCGAUUAAUUCGUAAAUCCUUUUUUUUUCUAAAAUUUUGCAUCGAACAACUGUCUAUAGCUAUUUUUCUAGGUAUCAUUAAUAUUCCAAGAAUUACUACACAACUUUUUUUUGAAUCAACAAAAACAAUUCUUGAUAAAUAUAGUUACAAGAAUGAAGAAAAUGGAGAAAAAACAAAAAAUACUAUUUAUUUUAUUUCGACUAUAAAAAAAUUAAUAUCCAAUAAAAAAAAAAUGAGUUAUGACCUAUGCUCUUUAUCACAAGCAUAUGUAUUUUACAAAUUAUCACAAAUUAAAGUUAGUAACGUUUCUAAAUUAAAGGCUGUUCUUGAAUAUAACAUAUGCAUAACAUCCUUUUUUGUUAAGAAUCAAAUAAAGGUUUUUUUUCAAGAACAAGGAAUCUUUCAUUAUGAAUUGAAAAAUAAAACCUUUUUUAAUUCCGAAGUAAAUCAAUGGAAAAACUGGUUACGAAGUCAGUAUCAAUACAAUUUACCCCAGAUUGCAUGGGUUAGAUUAGUACCCCAAAAUUGGAAAAAUAAAAUAAAUAAAGAUUCUCUAGUUCUAAACCCAAGUUUAACCAAAGAGGAUUCAUAUGAAAAAAAGAAAUUUGAUAAUUAUAAAAAACAAAAAUUUUUUGAGGCCGACUCGUUAUUAAAUCCAAAACAUAAUGUAAAAAAAGAUUCUAUAUAUAAUCUUUUUUGCUAUAACUCUAUUCAUUCUACAGAAAAAAUUUUUGACAUGUCUAUAGGCAUUGCCCUAGAUAAUUGUUUAGUCUCUUCUUUUCUAGAAAAAUAUAAUAUUCGGGGUAUGGGGGAAAUUCGGCAUAGAAAAUAUUUGGAUUGGAGAAUUCUUAACUUUUGGUUUACAAAAAAAGUAAAUAUUGAGCCCUGGGUUGAUACCAAGAGUAAAAAAAAAUACAUUAAUACUAAAGUUCAGAAUUAUCAAAGAAUUGAUCAAAUAACUCAGACGGAUCUUGCUAAUCAAAAAAGUUUCUUUUUUGAUUGGAUGGGAAUGAAUGAAGAAAUACUAAAUCAUCGUAUAACAAAUUUUGAAUUUUUUUUCUUUCCGGAAUUUUUCUUAUUUUCUAGUACAUAUAAAAUGAAACCGUGGGUCAUACCAAUCAAAUUACUUCUUUUAAAUUUUAAUGAAAACAUAAAUGUUAAUAAAAAGAUCAUUCGAAAGAAAAAAGGUUUUCUACCAUCAAAUGAAAAAAAAUCCCUUCGAUUUUAUAAUCUGAAUAAAGAAGAAAAAGAAUCGGCCGGUCAAGUAGAGCUUGAAUCAGAUAAAGAAAAAAAAAGAAAUCCCGAAUCAGCUCUAUUAAACCAAGAAAAAAAUAUUGAAGAAAAUUUUGCAGAAUCAACGAUAAAAAAACGUAAAAAUAAAAAACAAUACAAAAGCAAUACAGAAGCGGAACUUGAUUUAUUUCUGACAAGAUAUUCGCGUUUUCAAUUGCGAUGGAAUUGUUUUUUUAAUCAAAAAAUUCUCAAUAAUGUAAAAGUAUACUGUCUCUUGGUUAGACUAAACAAUCCAAACGAAAUAGCGAUAUCUUCUAUUGAAAGAGGAGAGAUGAGCCUAGACAUUCUAAUGAUUGAGAAAAAUUUCACUUUUGCAAAAUUAAUGAAAAAAGGAAUAUUGAUUAUUGAACCUGUCCGUUUGUCUGUACAAAACGAUGGACAACUUAUUAUAUAUAGAACCGUAGGUAUUUCAUUGGUUCAUAAAAAUAAACAUAAAAUAAGUAAAAGAUACAAAAAAAAAAGCUAUAUUGAUAAAAAAAUUUUUGAAAAAUCCAUUACAAAAUAUCAAAACAAAACUGUAAAUAGAAAAAAAAAUAAUUAUGAUUUCUUUGUCCCUGAAAAUAUUCUAUCCCCUAAACGACGUAGAGAAUUUCGAAUUCUAAUUUGUUUCAACUUAAAAAAAAAAAAAGCGAGGGAUAGAAAUUCAAGAUUUGAUAAGAAUAUUCAAAACUUGACCACAGUUUUGCAUAAAAAGAAAGAUCUUGAUAAGGAUAAAAAUAACCUAAUUAAUUUAAAAUCCUUUCUUUGGCCCAAUUUUCGAUUAGAAGAUUUAGCUUGUAUGAAUCGCUAUUGGUUUAAUACUACUAACGGAAAUCAUUUCAGUAUGAUAAGAAUACGCAUGUAUACGCGAUUUCCAAUUCAUUAA